AUGGCUACAACACCAUGGUUGUAUAAAACAACAAAAUAUCCAUAUAAACGACCGUUACACAUAUGGUGGCAUUCAAAUUCAAAUCGGAUACGAAGAAGAUACAAUUAUCGACCUUCAUCAUUAUUAAGUAAUGGUUCUACAUCGAUUUUAUGUGAAUUAUUGUUAUUUUUCUUUGGUAUAUCACAUGUUACUGCAUUGUCAAUUUUAACACCAAUUUGUCCACCAGAAUGUAUUUGUCUAUCACAAACACAGGUUCUAUGUAACUCGGGAGGACUCACAGAAAUACCAGCAAAGUUAUUACCCGACACCGUUGAACAUUUAUCAUUAACCAAAAAUAAUUUUCCAAUAAUAAAAACUGAUGCUUUUGCUGGAUUAAGAGCACUCAAAAAAUUAUCAUUAGAUGGUAAUAACAUUUCCGUAAUAAAACCAUUUGCAUUUCGUGGUUUACCACGACUUCGUGAGCUUUCAAUUCAACAUACACCACUUCAAGCGGUUGGAUCUUUUGCAUUUGCUGGUCUACAGAAUAUCACAUCAAUAUUAUUAAGUUAUAAUCAAAUUAAAAUGGUAGAACAAUAUGCAUUUGCGGGUACAUCAAAUGUUCGUUGGAUUAAAUUAAAUAAUAAUCCAAUGCAAAAAGUCAAUACAUCUGCGUUCACUGGUUUAACAAAUGUUGAACAUAUUAUAUUCCCGUCAGGUAUACGAACAAUUGAACCAGAUGCAUUUACUGGUAUGGAUACAAUUGGUUUAAUUAAGUUAGCAUUUAUGGAUUUAAAAGCAUUAAAACCAUACACAUUUCGCGGAUUAAGUAAAGUGCAUAUAUUGUCCAUACAAGAAUCUGAUUUAGGUGUAAUCCAAACGGAUGCUUUUGAUGGAUUAUCAUAUGUAACAAAUUUAAAUUUUUUAAAUAAUAAAAUCGACGCAAUACAAGAUUUAACAAUCACAUUUGAACAUCAUAUACGUGCUAUUAAAAUGCAAGGCAAUCAUUUAUUAGAAACACCGGCUGUCGGUGCGAUCACAUUUCAUGGUGUAGAAGUUUUAACUAUAUAUAAUAAUCAUUUUCCAUGUGAUUGUCAUAUACAUAAUUUAAUUUCUGGACCAUUAGCCAAUGGGAGUGCUGAUGAAUUUAUGUCACGGAAUUAUUGUAUAUCACCGUUAGAAGUAAAUGGUAAAGCAAUGAAAGAAUUGGAUUUAGAAUCAAUUGGACGGUGUCAAGAACAAGUAACACGUGAAAAUUUAGAAGCAUCAAAGACAUCAAAUAGUGCAUCAAUGUGUGUACAAACUAAUCAAAUUGUUAACAAUAUGUUUUGUGUAUUAGUUUCAGUGACAUUUAAACUGUUUUAUAAUAUUUAUUUUAAUUGUGAUACGUCAACGUGUGGUGGUAAUGUUGUUAGGUGA